AUGGCAGUUAUUUUAUAUGGACCAAGUCUAGCUUUAAGUCAAGUAACUGGAUUAAAUAUUUGGAUUGCAGUUGGAUUAUGUGGAAUAGUUUUUAUAAUUUAUACAAGUAUUAGAGGAAUAAAAGCAGUCACUGGAACAGAUGUUAUAGAAGCAUCGCUUAUAUUUAUUGGUUUGACUAUAUCAACUAUUAUUGAUAUUACUGACGCAGGUGAAACAUCUAAAUUAUAUAAAACUGUGAAAGUUAAUAAUCGAUUGCAAUUUUCUGUUGUUGAUUUUGAUCCAUCAAUUCGUUAUACAAUGUGGAAUAUAUUUAUUAGUGUAAUAUUUUCAAGCACAGCUCAAUAUGCUUGUAUUCAAACCCAAGCACAAAGAUAUAUGUCUGGCAAAGAUACAAAAGUUGCACAAAAAGUUGUAUGGACAAAUUAUAUUAUGUUAGUAUCUAUGCAUAUAUUAUGUUUAUGGGUUGGAUGCUUACUCUAUAAUAAAUAUAGUCAAUGUGAUCGUCUUCGAACUAAAAUUAUUUCUUGA